GGUACGAUCGGCGCGCGCUCAGUCAGCUGACAACCGUCGUAGCGUUCGUACGCAUUGUCUCACUCGUGACGCGCAGUGUCCGCAUUUUUUCAGUGUCUCAAUAAAUCUCGUUAUUCUCACACAACACAAUGGCCACUUACGCCCAAUUCAAGCACGUCGAACUCUACAAGAUCGGUCACGGAAAGAACAGAGUUCCCAAUGCGCCGAAGAGCUGCAUCGCGGAAAUAUUCAACGGGGACACGACAGACGGGGGCAGCCCCAUCAAGAACGGCUCGUCGCGACCCCGCGUCGCCAGGGACACGCCCACACGGCCCCGCGACACGCACACCAGGCUUUUUGGACAAGUUAAGAACGCCGGCAACGGGUCAGUGGCGCCAAUGAUCACGGACACCAUCCGCAGCCACAUCCAGUUCGGCGACAGCGAGAUGAACGGCAGCCCGGCGCACUCGCCCAAGAUGAACGGCAGCGCCUCCUCCACGCCCAGCCGAGUAUCGUACACGCCACCGAAGAGGAACCCGGUGACGGGGGACGGAGUGCCUUUGCCGACACCGCGCCGCCGCCACCCGGCCGCCAGCCUGCGAGAAGGCAACCCGAUCACUGGCGACGGCUACAAAUCGCUCAACGGCCAGAUCAACACAGUCACAUCGAUAAACGGCAACAGCAGCAUCCUACACAACCGCGUACCACCCGGCGGGUUCUCGUCGGGACUUUGGUAGACUACCCGCGAACUGACCAAUGACAGCGGCCAAAUAUCAACCGCCGCACGUUCAUUGGCCGUUGAUACAUUCAAAAUUCGAACGAUUCUAAUUGGAAUGAACUACCCUCGACAUCCAUUUUGUAUUUUUAAUAUCAAACAUUACUAACCGAAAAACGAAGCAGUAUUUAUGUAACAAUUCCGAUUCACUUUUAAAUACUUUCAUCUUUUAUUCUGAUUAGAAUCGCGGUUUUAUCGGAACUUUGACGCAUUUUAAUUCGUAAUGACAUGACAUGUUUAUUGUAUCUCUUAAAAAUAAAAUUAAAUAUUAAUAAAAAGUAGUAUUUGAAUCGUUAAAAGUAAUAACUUGCACAGAUAAUAAAAAAAAAAACAACGUCCACUAAAAUUUGAAAGGGUAUUUGUUGUUCAUAGAGUCCUUAGCCUGUCCCAGUAACAUUUUUUUUUUUAAUAAUUAUUGGUAACAUUUUUAUUUUAGAAUAGAUUAUAGAUAUUUUUGUAAUAGUAACAUUUCGAUAGAUUUAAAAUUAUAUUAUUGGUGGGGAGAUUUGAAUUUCUAUCAAGACGAUUUGACAUGGCAACACUACGCUCAAAUACUUAGUAAACCAGAAAAGACUGGAAAAUAUUAGGAAUUCAGUUGUAUAAUAAAAAAUGUAUGUGUUUGAAAUGAAGUUCAAAUUUCCCGAUCACUCGUAAUUUUUAAGAAACCUGAAAACUGUAAUCUAUCACACUUAUAAACGCAUGUAACGGCUAUUGAGAAUUAGGAGUGAGGAUACGUAUCAGCAAUAUACCAAAACGAAUUGUGCCUUGAUUGGUGGUGAAAUUGAAAAUUCUAUAAGAAUACAGAGUACGUAUGUGUGGUUUUGUCCCACGGCUCGGGAACAAAGUAUUUAUUAAUGACCAUACUUCUCGAAAUUUGUGUAUUUCAUUCAUGGCAAGUUGGACAGAAAUAUGAACGUAUUAAGGCAAUGGUGUUGAGGCGUUUUCCUUCCAAACCAUAUUCAAGACUUGAUGUAUACCAAGCUUUCUCAAAGUGGGGUACGCGAACCCCUAGGGGUUCGCCAUUCGACGGCAGGGGGUUCGCGACAAGAUUUACGUAAUGGUGGCUUGAUAACUGUUUCAUUAGUUGGUAAGGGGUUCGCUGUCACUUGGAAAUUUUAACAGGGGUUCGUGGAGCCAAAAGUUUGAGAAACCCUAGUGUAUACGAUAAAAAUAAACCUACUAAAAAUUAACCGACAAAGUUAUUUAAAAUAUCCUUUAUGUAUUCUCUAUCUAUUUUUUUUAUAAAUAUAUUUUAUUAAUUGUUCAUAAUUUUGUCCGACUAGCUUCUAAAACUUAGCAAUGUAAUAAUUACGAUUAUUACAUUGCAAAGUUUGAGAAGUACGGUCUUGAAUAAAUACUUUGUUCAUGGGCCCAAGGAAUAUAGAGGCGUAUGUGUAAUCGAACAAAAGACAGUGAUUAUAUUAUCUAUAUUUCCCAGUAUAGAAAUAGUAAUCAUACGGCACUCGGACUAAGUAUAUUGAAUAAUAAUAAUUAAAUAUUAAAUUACGUAAUAUAAUAUUCGACACUAUUUAUAUUGUAAUCUUAAUCUCGUUUGUUGAAUUUCAUUAUCGUAAUUUAAAAAAAAAUAAAUAAAUAGAAGGUUUAUAGAAUGCAUUUAUUUUGUCUGUUUAUACAUUUUUUAGUUUAUUUUCUACUCGUUUAGAGUUUAAUUGUAAAUGUUUGAAUGUUGGUAAAUUAUCUGUUAACAGAAUGACCACUUGUGUUGUGUGUUUUGUACAGGCGGUGUCGUAUGUAUUGAGUAUUUAAUUGACGUUUGUAAACUUAGCAUAUCACCGUUGUAAAGACGUUUAAUAUCUAACACGAUGUCGCUGCCACAGGCCUAAUUUUAACAAUUAAUGUUAAUAGAUAAUAACCACUAUUUCAAAAUAAAGUUUUUUUUUAAU